AAAAUAUUAUUUUAGUCUUAAUUUCUAACGUGUACAGUAGCAUGCCGUGUUGUUAUUUAUUAACUAAGUAGUUUGAAUUAAACUACAAGUAGAAAUUCUUUGUAAAAGUUAUAUAAUUAUAAAAUUUAACAAAAAUGACAUCAAAAAAUGACAACAAAAUUAUCGAAAAAAUCAACUCCGAAAGUGAGCAGCCUAGUAGCAAUAAAAGAAAAAGCUAUAUAGAUUGGGAGGAUUAUUUUAUGGCUCUCGCCUGUUUAAGUGCAAAACGUAGCAAAGAUCCUCGUACUCAAGUUGGGGCAUGUAUAGUAAAUGAAGAGAAGCAAGUUGUAGGUAUUGGAUAUAAUGGAAUGCCCAAUGGUUGUAGCGAUGAUGUUUUUCCUUGGACUAAAGAGUCUGUCGAUCCAUUGGAAACAAAGACUUUAUAUGUAUGUCACGCAGAAGUUAAUGCUAUUUUAAAUACGGGCUGUAAAAAUAUUAAAAAUUGUACCAUAUACGUUUCUCUAUUUCCAUGUAAUGAAUGUGCUAAAGUAAUAAUACAGUCUGGAAUAAAAACAGUCAAAUAUGUGUCAGAUAAAUAUGCAAAGAAGAAAAAAAUUCAAGCUGCAAAAAGAAUGUUUGAUGCCGUAGGCGUUACAUACAGCAAAUAUAUUCCUAAGCACAAAAAGUUAAUUAUUGAUUUUGAUGAGAUUGACUCUACUGAAGAUAAGGAAAUAAAUAUUGAAAAUGGAAGUAGUUGAACAAAAACAAUAUUUAAAUCUGUAAUAUUAAUUCUUUAACAUAAACAUGAAUUACAGUUUUACUGUAAAAAGACUGAUUACCAUUAUUUACAUGCAAAACUAAAUUAGGUACAAAUGGAAAAUAGAAAUACCCCUAUUUUAAAUUUUUACAGGUCUAUUUGUAGUUUUAACAUUAUCCAUAUAAUAUGGAAAAUAAAUAAAACAAUGUACAGAAAAUGAAAGAAUUUAGCAAUAAUACAAAGAUACUAUACUUUUAUCAAGAUGUAAUAUUAUCUGCAACAGUAUUGCAAACGAUGUACUGUACAAGUGUAAAUAGUAGUAUGAUCAAAUAUGGCAUGGUAGAAACAUGUAACAAGUGUGUAUCAUUUCCAUGAUAAAAUAAUAUUUCAAUAUCAUUUUUUACAAAACGACUGAAGGAGAGGCGAUUGUUGAUACGUGAUAUAAUAUUUUCAUGUUGACUUGUUAUUAAUGUAACAACAAACAGGAAUUGAACACAGAGUUUUGAUGCAUACGAUAAUGAUACGUUUAUAUACAUACUAUACAUAUCCAUGUUCUUGUCUUUAAAAUAUUACUUCACGUUUGUAAACACCGCUAUAAUGAAGAAAAGUUACAUAAAGAAAGUAAUUAUACGUGAUGAUUGAAUUCAUCAUAUAGAAAAAUAUUUAAUAUUGUAAAAAUGUAUGGGUAUUUUAUAUAUAAACACAGAUAUUAACAUUUGUAAAAAGCGUACUUGGCUAUAAACGUUAUCCUUUAAUACCAUAAAAUUUGGGCAAUUUUUGCACAAAUCAUAAACUAUUCAAUCUGUAAAUAGCGGUUGCAGAAAAUAUAAUAACAGCUUAUUGCAAAUGGCAGUAUAUUACUAAUACAAUGAUUAAAGUAAUAACCACAUUUAAAUAAUCAUUGACUUCAUUUUCCAAUUUUUAUUCUUUUCUGUUUUAUGUCCUUUCGUAAUCGUAUACGUUGAAAAAUUUUGCAUGAAGUCUAUAUGAUGAAUUCAUUUACAUGAGGAGAUGGAAGAGGAUAUGGGUUGAGGUACCCAUGCUUAUCGUUUGCUCGUACGAUUAAAUCAAGGACUCAAAGGCAAAUCUAAACUGAAUCUUCUAAAAAUUAAUGUACCAUCCUUAAUCAACAUUGUUUAUUUCUUAAAGAUUUAAUAAUUAGUUAUGAGCGGAGUAGAAAUUUUUAUACUGAGGUAACAACCUCCGAUAAAGAUUGGAGCAAUUAAUAUAUAUAUAAUGUAUAUAUAUAUAUAUAUAUAUAUAUAUCUUUUUUUCGAAAUGUAAUAAUUAUGCAGGAGUUUAAGCGUACUGUAAAUAAUGUAUUAUAAAAAAAAAUAGUAUUAAAAGAUAGCAACACUUCGGUAGAUGCAUGGUCGAAAAGUUGAGUAUGACGCGAAUGGUGUAUGAUAAUAUGCAUUAAUUUUUCUAAUGAUAGUCUUUUACAAGAAGAAACACUUCGUAUAUCGAUAGACUAGCAUGGUGGUCAUAUCAUAUUUCCUUUGCAUUGUACAAUAAUUAAAUGACUAAUGGUAAAGUGAAUGAGUAAAACUUCUACAUUAUCGCUUAUGUUACGACAUUAUUUAUGUAGCCCUGAGAAACAUUCCAUGCAUUUACAGAAGGUAUCAGUUUAAUCAAUACAAUUAUGUUCAUUAUAUUUUGAUAGAAGAUUAUUCCAUCGAUUAACUUUGGAUGUACGUAUUGAGUUUUUGUCCAUUGUAUGUUACGAAUGAAUUGAAAUGUUAAAUAUACAUUACUAUGACUUGA